AUGGUAAUAGGAUGCGGGGUGCGUCAAUUUAUAGUGCGUCACCCGGCAGGUGAAAUUGCCAAAAGAUCUAUAAGCGUUAAGGAUGAGCCAAACCCAAGUCUUGUUGGGGGAGGUGAUGCAGGAUUUAUUCAUGGAAAUGAGGCACACCCUUGGCCCUGGCAGGUCUCUAUCCAGACAUCCAGAGGUGAGCACUUAUGUGGUGGUUCCCUGAUCAGCACAAACUGGGUCCUCACUGCUGCCCACUGUUCAGUUCAGUCUGGAUAUCACUAUGUAGUCCUUGGACAGUAUGACCGUGGCUCUAAUGAACUUGUUCAAGUGAAGAAAAUUGCAAAGGUCAUCACACAUCCUAACUACAACAAACAGACUGAAUACAACGAUAUUACACUACUGAAACUGUCAAGUGCAGUAGAGAUGACUUCCCGUAUCUCUCCUAUAUGUUUGCCUAACUCCUUCACCAACGUCCUUCCUGGGACUCGUUGUGUCACCACUGGCUGGGGCGUAACUGAAAAUGACCUGAAUCCUCGAUUCCUGCAGCAAGCCACUCUGCCGAUAGUGAGUCAGGCUCAGUGUAGGCAGUUUUGGGGUAGGAACACUAUCACAGACGCCAUGAUCUGUGCUGGAGCCUCUGGAGCCUCGUCUUGCGAGGGUGAUUCUGGUGGUCCUCUGAUGUGUGAGAGUUCAGGUGUUUGGUACCAAGUGGGCAUCGUUUCCUGGGGCCACAAAUCCUGCAGCACUGACCGUCCAGUCACCUACACUCGUGUCUCUUACUUUAGAAAAUGGAUCGAAGAAAUCAUUCGAUUCAACUAAAGAACCAGCAUGUCUCCGUUUCAAGUUCUCCUGUGUCUGAACAUUCAGUCACCAGUCCAGUGAUCAAACUGUGUCUUCAUAACACUGUUACACUACUGCUUUGAAUACUGGAAAUACCUCAUAACAUA